AUGGAGCACUCCGUUCACUUCGGUUUUCGCCAGUGGGUUAGCUCGGCGGGACCGCACGAUCGCCGUGCAGAAGGGAAGUAUUUCACCAAAGAAAAUAAAACAGCAAUCUGCGCGGCCGCAGGCGGUGGGCAGCCGGGCGGGAUGGCGGUGCGGGUGCGGGUGCUGCUGGCGCUCUGCGGGGUGCUCGCUGCCUGCGGGGCGGCGGCGGCGGCGGCGGCGGGGGAGCCGGCGGCGGGGGGCGCCAGCCGGCGGCGGCGGCUGAGCGCCGAGGAGGGCAUCUCCUUCGAGUACCACCGCUACGCCGAGCUGCGGGAGGCGCUGGUGGCCGUGUGGCUGCAGUGCCCCGCCAUCAGCAGGAUCUACACGGUGGGGCGCAGCGCCGAGGGCCGAGAGCUGCUGGUCAUCGAGGUCUCCGACCACCCCGGCGAGCAUGAGCCCGGAGAACCAGAAUUUAAAUAUGUUGGGAAUAUGCAUGGGAAUGAAGCUGUCGGAAGGGAGUUGCUCAUCUUCUUGGCUCAGUACUUGUGUAAUGAAUAUCAAAAAGGAAAUGAAACUAUUAUCAACUUGAUCCAUAGCACACGUAUCCAUAUCAUGCCCUCUUUAAACCCGGAUGGCUUUGAGAAGGCAGCAUCCCAGCCUGGUGAACUUAAAGACUGGUUUGUUGGACGAAGUAAUGCCCAAGGGAUAGAUCUCAACCGAAAUUUCCCUGAUCUGGAUAGAAUAGUCUAUGUUAAUGAGAAAGAAGGUGGCCCAAACAACCAUCUGCUAAAAAACAUGAAAAAAGCUGUGGACCAGAAUCCUAAGCUUGCUCCUGAAACGAAAGGUGUCAUUCACUGGAUUAUGGAUAUUCCCUUUGUGCUCUCUGCCAAUCUUCAUGGAGGAGACCUUGUUGCAAACUACCCUUAUGAUGAGACUCGGAGUGGCAGUGCUCAUGAAUACAGCUCCUGCCCUGAUGAUGCUAUUUUUCAAAGCCUGGCUCGCAGUUAUUCUUCUUUCAAUCCCGCUAUGUCUGAUCCAAACAGACCACCGUGUCGUAAAAAUGACGAUGACAGCAGCUUUGUGGAUGGAACAACUAAUGGUGGUGCAUGGUACAGCGUCCCAGGAGGAAUGCAGGAUUUCAAUUACCUCAGCAGCAACUGCUUUGAAAUCACAGUGGAGCUUAGCUGUGAAAAAUUCCCACCUGAAGAAACUCUGAAGGGCUACUGGGAGGACAACAAGAACUCCCUUAUCAAUUACAUCGAGCAGAUUCAUCGAGGUGUGAAGGGGUUUGUUAAAGAUCUUCAGGGAAAUCCAAUAGGAAAUGCUACAAUUUCUGUGGAGGGGAUAAGCCAUGACAUUACAUCAGCCAAGGAUGGUGAUUACUGGAGAUUGCUUGUGCCUGGAAAUUACAAACUUACAGCCUCAGCACCAGGCUAUCUAGCAAUAACUAAAAAAGUGGCUGUGCCCUUUAGCCCUGCGGUUGUGGUUGAUUUUGAACUGGAGUCAUUGUCUGAAAGAAAAGAAGAGGAAAAAGAAGAGUUGAUGGAAUGGUGGAAGAUGAUGUCAGAAACACUAAAUUUUUAA